AUGACACCGGAACAUGACAAGGAGACUCUCUCCAACAUCAUCUCCCUGGUCAACUUGACUGCGGGGAUUGGGGCUCUACUGUCCUUUCUCCUGAACGACCGAAUCGGCCGUCUAUGGUCUUUAAGACUAUAUAGUAGUAUCGUGGCCAUCGGUACGCUUAUUUCGACCUUCUCCUACGGGAAGGCUGGAGCUCUCUACGUCGGCAGGCUAGUUUCUGGACUAGGUAUUGGUGCGCUCACGGUUACCGGUCCUAUGUCUAUUGUUGAGGUCGCCCCUCGUGUCACUCGUGGCCUUAUGACUCUCUGGUUCAAUAUCGCUAUGCUUCUCUGCCAGACAAUCGGCAUCGUAGUCGUGUACGGCUGCAGCGUUCAUAUCUCCCCCGAGAAAAAUCUACAAUGGCAAACCCCUUUUUUCGUCCAAGUCAUCCCUCCGUUUUUCGCCGUCACCUUGUCCUUCCUUGUCGACGAAUCCCCCCGUUGGCUCUGCUUAAGAGGCCGUUCCGAGGAGGCCCUCUCUGUCCUCGCGCGUCUUCGAGGCAACCCGGCCAAUACAGACUUCGUCGCUGCCGAGUUCGAUAGCAUCCUCACCCCUAUUCAGCUCGAGAUCGCCGAGCACGGCAAGCCAACCCUCAUGUCCGUUCUCCGCGAGACAUUCACUGUGCGGUCCAACCUCCGCCGCGUGCAGCUGACCGUCGUGGCUUACAUCCUUGCGCAAAUGUCCGGCGCCAAUUCCAUUACCAAUUACCUGCCCACCAUCUUCGGUUACAUCGGUGUGGAUACGGACGAGGCCAAGAUUUACUCGUCUAGUCUCUAUGCCAUGGCGAAACUUCUCUGCUGCGUCCUCGCUUCGCUCUUCUUCGUUGAUGCCGUGGGCCGCCGCAAGUCUCUUUUCAUCGGUAUCACCGUCCAAAUGCUCUGCCAUACAUAUUUGGGCACUUUCCUCAAUAUCAGUGCCAAACGUGAAGUUGGCGCUGGCGCGUCAGAUGCCGCUAUUGGUGCCAUUUACAUCCACGCUUUCGGUUGGGCCGUCGGUCUCUACAGUCUUCCUUAUCUCUUCGGCGCCGAGCUGUGGCCUAACCGAAUUCGCUCGUUUGGCGGUGCUCUCUCCCAGUGCUUCCACUGGCUCUUCCUCUUCGCUAUCACUAAGGCCACCCCGUCUAUUCUAACGUCCAUGGACAAGUGGGGUGCUUUCAUCUUUUUCGCCACAUGGUGCGUCAUUGCACUCGUCUACGUCUUUAUCAUGGUUCCCGAGACGAGUGGACGUACUCUUGAGAGCAUGGAUAAACUGUUUGAGCACAGGUGGUAUGAAAUGCGUAAGCAUGCCUACGAGACGAACCUGCCCGAAUCUAAGGAUAUCGAAAUCGCCGAACAUGUCGAGGACGAGACCCUUGAGAGAAAAUGA